AUGUCUAAAAAGCCAAAAAAUUGCUUUAUUAAGAAUUGCUCAGCUGAGCCCAUCGUUUUUUGCAAUUGCAGUUUUUGCAAUUGCAGAAGUGAACAAGUUUUUAUUUGCAAAAUUCAUGAGAUCCUUCAUUGUGAGUUAAAAGAAAAGCAUCAUUUUAGCAAAAUUCACAUAGAAAUCGAUAAAGAAACAAGGAAAGCAGCUUUAAAACAGCUUUACAAACUAAAAUUUGACCUAAAAGGCUAUAAAUCAAAAAUAAUUCAAGAAGAAUUAUCCUUGAUCAAAGAGAUCAAUAGUGUGGCUCAAAAAGUACUCAAAAGCUUAAAAGUUCAGGAUCAAAAAAUUAAUGAAUAUAUAUCAAAAGCAUGCAACCUAAAAGAAAUAGACAACUCUAAGGAAACUACCUUUAUUGAGGCUUUACUAAAAUUGUCUCCAAAAGACUUACAUAAUUAUGUAAUAAAAUCUCCGGAACUACUCAUAAACCAUAUUAAUUCUGAUGAUAUCGGGCAACUAUUUGAUUUAGAAGAAAUUACUAAGCAAAAUCUUGAGCUAGAUGAGUCUGAACACCUAUUGAAAUAUACAUGGAGCGGCUCCAGCACUACCUUAAGUAUUUUUGACGCAAAAACCUUAAAACAAGAUAAGAUUAGUUUGAAGAUUCCAAAUGGCCAGAAGCUUGACCAAUAUGGAGCAAAGUGCUUAAUUCCUGAUGGAAGUUUAUUUUACAGUAACGGCACAAUGACUAUGAUUAUCGAUCCUAAAUAUACAAUCAAUUUGCUUCCAAAUUAUUCACAGGAAAAUUUCGAUGCCUGAGCAAUUUAUAAAGAUGGAGAUAUUUAUUUAAUUGGAGGAUCUAGCAAUAUUUCAGCAAAAAUUAAUUUGGCCAAGAAUAGAUGAACUCCUCUUAUAAACAUACCUCUAAAGCUAGGGAGAUAUACUUUUGGUGUUAUUUUUAAAAAUAAUAUUCUAUUAGGGUCUAUGAACUCAAACAAAAUACUUUAUUAUGAUAUAGGCAUAUCCUGUAAAUAGCCCUAUAUGGGCUAGGGAUAGAGACCAAAACUUCCCACCUGGCUCGGCCAAAAUGGGCUGCCGAACCAAGUGGAAGUGGCAAAUAAGCCUCCUUCCACUUGACUCGACCAAUCCAUUUUGGAGGAACCAGGUGGGAAGUUUUGGCCUCUGUCCCUAGCCCAUAUCGGGCUAUUUACAGAUAUGCCCUAUAUAAAAAUAGACUCUUAUGGUCAAAUUUCUACUCCGAGAUUAUCCAACUCAACUUCCAAAACGUUAUUUGUGGAAAAUGAGGACGUUUACUUAAUUGAGUUUUCUCAACAUAUUUUUAGAAGUAGAGAUAAUUUUGCAGCAUGGGAUAACAUUGGAACUAGUUCAAUUUUAGCAGGCAAUGCCCCUUUAAUCUCUACUCCAAUUACGUAUAAUCACAAAUUUUAUUUUGUGAAUUAUUAUGGAAUUUAUUCAUUUGACUUAAAGAAAAAGAAGAUCGAUAAUGUGAUUAGAUUAGCUUAA